GACGUCUCCCAGUGCCCGCCCUUUACGUCUGACUAUUGGGUCACCUCGGCUGAUUGACAGCGGUACUGCCCUAGGGAAUCCGCGGAUGAUUGGUGCAUUUGCACAUCAAUCAGAAACAGCCGUCUCCUAUUGGUCAGCGGCUGGCGUUCAUCAAUAGUGAUCAAGGCCAGACAAGCGGCCUAAGUCCCGCCCUCCCCCCACCGCCAGCCAAGAGCCUGAGACCGAGAGAAAAUAUUGGCUUGGACCGAAAGGGAGAAGGAAACUGUACUGAAGAAGGGAAAGGCAGCGAAGGACAAUGAAGAGGCGCAAUGCUGAUUGCAGCAAGAUCAGGAGGCCGUUAAAACGGAACAGAAUCACCGAGGGGAUAUACGGCAGCACUUUCUUGUACCUUAAAUUCCUUGUUGUGUGGGCACUGGUAUUGCUGGCAGAUUUUGUCCUUGAAUUCCGCUUUGAAUAUCUUUGGCCUUUCUGGCUGUUCAUCAGAAGUGUUUAUGAUUCCUUCAGAUACCAGGGUCUGGCUUUUUCAGUAUUUUUUGUUUGUGUAGCGUUCACAUCAGACAUAAUAUGCCUACUCUUCAUACCAGUGCAGUGGCUUUUCUUUGCUGCCAGUACAUAUGUAUGGGUUCAGUACGUCUGGCACACAGAAAGAGGAGUAUGUUUACCAACUGUAUCAUUAUGGAUAUUAUUUGUUUAUAUAGAAGCAGCAAUCAGAUUUAAAGAUUUAAAAAAUUUUCAUGUAGACCUUUGUCGCCCUUUUGCUGCACACUGCAUUGGCUAUCCUGUGGUGACACUGGGAUUUGGCUUCAAAAGUUAUGUAAGCUAUAAAAUGCGGUUAAGAAAGCAGAAGGAAGUCCAGAAGGAGAAUGAAUUUUACAUGCAGCUCCUACAGCAGGCCUUACCGCCAGAGCAGCAGAUGCUACAGAGGCAAGAGAGGGAAACCGAAGAAGUUGCUACAGCCAAAGGGAUCACAGAUAUAGAUUCUACACAGCUCCCACAACACAAUGGAGGAAUUCCAGCUGGUAGAAAGUUGACAGCGGCUUUACCAGAACUAGAGUACAAAGAAAAAGGGAAAGAGAAGGACAAAGAAGCCAAAAAACCAAACCUUGGGAUUAAUAAUAAUAUUUUACAGCCAGUAGACUCUAAAAUACAAGAAAUUGAAUACAUGGAAAAUCAUAUCAAUAAAAGAUUGAAUAACGAGUUUGUAGGGAGCACAGAAAACCUAUUAAAAGAGGACUCAUUUACAGCUGCUUCAAAGAAUUACAAGAAUGCUACUGGGGGAAUCAACUCUUCACCUAGAAGUCACUGCACAUCCAAUGGCAGUAUCCCUUCUUCUUCUGCUAAGAAUGAAAAGAAGCAAAAAUGCACCAGCAAGAGCAUGAGUACACACAAGGAAAUAAUGGAAAACUGUAUACCUAACAACCAGCUCAGCAAACCAGACACAUUAUUAAGGCUGGAACAGGACAUCAAGAAGCUGAAGGCAGACUUGCAGUCAAGCAGACAGUGUGAACAGGAGCUGCGCAGUCAGAUCAACUCACUGACCAGCACUGAACGUAGUAUCCGUUCAGAAGUAGGACAACUCCGACAGGAGAAUGAACUGCUACAGAACAAAUUACAUACUGCUGUGCAAGCCAAACAGAAGGACAAACAAACUAUAAGCCAGUUAGAGAAGAAACUCAAAGCAGAGCAAGAGGCAAAGACCUACCUUGAAAAACAGUUGGUGGACGAGAAGAAGAGGAAGAAGCUGGAGGAGGCAACUGCAGCCCGUGCUGUGGCACUUGCUGCAGCUACAAGAGGGGAAUGUACAGAAACUCUAAGAAGUCGUAUUCGAGACCUGGAAACAGAGUGCAAGAAGUUAACAAUUGACAUGAAAGUCAAAGAAGACCAGAUUCGUGAACUAGAGAUGAAAGUACAGGAACUGCGUAAAUAUAAAGAGAAUGAAAAAGAUACAGAGGUACUGAUGUCGGCACUUUCAGCCAUGCAAGAUAAAACACAGCACUUAGAAAAUAGCCUGAGUGCUGAGACCCGGAUCAAGCUAGAUCUCUUCUCUGCACUAGGGGAUGCUAAACGGCAGCUGGAAAUUGCACAAGGGCAAAUCAUUCAGAAGGAUCAGGAGAUCAAGGAGUUGAAACAGAAAAUUGCUGAGGUCAUGGCUGUAAUGCCCAGCAUUGCAUAUACAGGAGCAACCAGCACUCUGAGCCCUGUGACACCACAUUAUUCCUCCAAAUUUGUGGAGACUAGCCCUUCAGGACUUGAUCCUAAUGCCUCAGUUUAUCAGCCAAUGAAGAAGUGACUGUGCGCCUCUUUCUCCUGCCCUUCCUUCUCCCCCAUCCUUUCCCAGACUUUAUCGAUGUGGUGACAUCAUGCAAGAGUGUUCUGCAGUCAAGAUGACAAUGUAACGUGUGACUGUACGUACUAGUUGUAGUCAAAAAAACAAAAAUACAAAAAAUGACAUCAUGGUGUCGACUAGAACUGCCCGAUGGCUUCUCCUUUCCUGUAAAUUUUUAGAAAACCUCCCAGAACUUCGCAGUUUUUUUUUUUGGAAAGUCUGGUCAGUGCAUUGUGACUUUUCCUUGGUUCUUUCUGCCUUUUAUUUUUCAUUUGGUUUCCUCUUGGAGAUUUUUUUUUUUUAAAAAAAAAAACAGAUCUGCGAACCCACAUUCAUGCAAAAUGACAGGGUUGGAAACAUGGCAAUAAAUUUUAGAUUGAUUUUGAAUCAUUGUUGCUGACUAGCUCUUUCACUGUUGGCCCAUUUAAUCUGUCGAAUACGAUGCCACCUGUUCUACCACAAGUGUAGGAGUUCAGAGCAUUGAAUAAAUUUGCUCAACAAGUUCAUGUGUAUCAGUCAGUGAAUUUAACUAUUUUACUGUACUUGCCUCAGUCCCUGCAACCUUCAGAACUAACCUACAUUUCUAGCUCCAAGCCAAACUGGUGCUGUUAAGUAUUAUAAAAAAACAUGUACUUUUUAAACAGUGACUUUGUCACUAUGUGCCUGAAAUUGAGCAGUGUUUUAGUUUCAAGUUAUCCAUGUCGAGAAAUUGUAACUGGGAAGGUGUGUUCUCAGUUUGUGUGUUUUGAAUAUGUACAGUACCAGUUAGACAUGGAAAUAGAAAACUAAAUCACCUUUUGUUGACUAAUUUAGUUGGUGAUUUGGGACUAGUUGUAUUCUAACUUGCUGUUCCUAUCCUCAGUUAGAGGAUAUCCAAAAUGGCAGCUAAACAUACCAAGAGAGAGAAAUGAAAGCCCAGCCUAAUAAAGUUCUGAGGAACAUCAUUACUCCUUUAAUGACUCCCACAUCUGCAAUACUAAUACUUUAAUGGCUUCCUGUCUCCUCCUUCCACUCUUAAGUGUCCAAAUGCACGCUAUUCUGUGGGAUUAAAUUUGUAGUUGAUGACUUGCCAAUCAGUAUGCUAUUGAGAUAUGAAUAGUUGUUAUAGGAUAUAUUUGUCACUAUUCCUGGACAAAUUAUGAUGAGAUGUUCAAUAGUUGAGUAGAAGUAACUGUUACUUGAAAUGGCUAAAGAUGAAAAGUGAGUUGAAUGGUUUGGGUAUUUGAGCUGGCAUAAUGUCAUCUUUGUUAUGCUGUGUAGUUGACUACUGUGUUAUUUUCCAAAAGGACUUGGGUAAAAUGGUGCAUGCAUACACACACAUGGACAUACAAAUUAGUAACAGGAGUAGGCUAUUUAGACCUUUGAGCCUUUUAUGCCAUUUAAUAAGAUCAUGGCUGAUCUGAUUGCAAUCUGAAUCCCACUUUCCUAUCUACUCUUUGCACCCUUUGAUCCCCUUGUCAAUCAAGAAUCUAUCUAACUUUAUAAAUACCGUUUUGUAGAGGUAAAUUUCUUUCAUCAUUUAGCUGGGUAACUUGAAUGGCUAAUAGAUAAUUUCACAUAACUAACUCUGUUUUGGAUUCCAAGAUAUAAUACUGUGGUAUGCCAGGUGUACUGUGAUUUAUUAAACCUGCAUCAAAUCUUGAGAGUUAAAUAGUUAAAGGCAUAAACAAAUGGCAGUGUAUCACCUAGCUGUUGAAGUAAUAUUUAUAGAGGAGGAAACCAAUUAUUUGACGUGCCAUUUCAUUCUUACAUGGACAAAUCAUUAAGGUGUAAGUGUGAGAGUAACUGGUUAGUUAAAUUUACUACCAAAUUACUUCUUAAAAUUGCUUAUUUUGAAAACCUGGGUACUUCUGUUCUACAGUGAAAACUCUACUGUGAUAAUUCUCAAUUAACCACAAUGUUCAGAUUUAAUGAACAUUUUUCAAGUAUUCUGGAAAGUUUCAUGUAUAACUUCCCUAUACCUUUAGACCAAACGAAGUUUGAAGCAAUGUUUUAGGCUUUAAUGGAUGACAACUUUUAACAAAAUCUUGUGAUUAAGAGUAAAUAUAUUUGGGAACUCUUUCAAAACAAAAAGUAAUGAUUACAGUGCCUUCAAAAUUUGUAUCCAGAGGAAACCACAUCUUCUUCAGUAAUGCAUUCAUUCUUUGCAAUAUUCACGGUUCAAAUCAGACCUUUAAGUAUAUCUCUAGAGAAGACAACUUGAUACACAUGAAUAAGUGUUAUGCUUUAUAUGACUGAGUUAUUGACACAUUUUUUUUGUAUGCUUGUCAGUGCUGCCUAAUUUUAAACAAGAAGUAUUACAUGACUUGUUUUUGUUUUUUUGCACAGGUCAGCAACAGAGUUGAAUACUUUUCAUUUUCACUUCUGUUGAGCAGUGUUUUUAAUUGAACACAUUUUCAUUCUAUUCAAAUACAUUAGCUCUGACUGCAAAUUGGACUGUACUAGAUCCACUCAAAAUUAAUGGUAUAAGUGAUCAUUCUUUAUCAUGGUUAAAGACAGGCAUUAUUUAAAUCUUUGUUUAAAGAUCAGUCUUCACUUUCAGAAUGGUCUGUUUUUUGUUGGAUAUUUGUUAUACCCUGUAGAACUUGGAUUACAGAUUACUUGAAAUGUAAAUUUUAUCCUGAAAGUAAUUUCUAGUGCAUAUAUCCAGACCCAGUGCAGACAUAUAGUGCAAGUCCUCGAGAGCAAAACAGUAACUUUUUUUUUAUUUUCCAUGAAGCAAUUACAUUGUCAUUACCUUUAACAGUAUACUAGAAUGUGAUUGUUCUGAGUGCAAUAAGGAAAGGGGAACCUGACUUUGUGCAAAGGAUAUAGUACAGGUUGUAGAUUUGCCGGUGAAUGCUUUGUUUCAGUAUUUUUCUGCCGUGCUAGGACAUAAUCUGAUUUUGUUUAAAUACAUCCUAUUAGCUGAAAAUUAUAAUCCAAUUUUGUUGUGCCAAGAAAGAUUUUUAAAAAGUGUUCGGAGAAACGCGUUACCAAAUUGCACAAUUUUUUUUUUAAAUUUUGAAAUGGUUACAGCCAUUUGAUGGUAUGUAAAAGGUGCUUAAAGUGAGCAAUUCAUCUUGGCUAGUUGUAUGUAUAAGAUCAAGGGUUUGGGCAACGCGAAACUGUUCACUAAUGCAUCUUGCAUUUUGCAUUUUGCCCAGUCCGCUAAUAUAAAACCUUUUAUUUUUUGUGCACCAAAAUUGAGUAUGAUUGAUGGUUGACUCUUGAUCCCUUUGACUGUCCAACAAAAUAUGCUUCCAGAAGGGCAUGACAAACUCAAACACCUGUUUUUCCCCAGUCCAUGUCCCAUCCAGUAUGCAAUUUAAUGAAACUAAUUUUGAAAACAAGUGAGAAUUUGGCAGAUCUCAACCUCUUGUUAAAAUUUUGUUUAAAUCCCUAUAUGCAACGCAUCAGAACUUCUUUGUUAAAAAAAUUCACGCACUUUAGUUUGUAAUUAUAUGGAGGACAUUUAUUUUCUAAAAAUGGAUACAAUCUGAAAUUGCUUCCAGAAAUGCAUAUUUUUUCUCACAAACUUGUGUAAGAAGCAAAAAUUGAGCUGAUUAUUUCCAAAUUUCAUGAUUUCUUCCUGACUGAAUGUUUUGAGUGCCAUAAUGAUACAAGAUGUAUAAUAUUUGAACUUACUUUUUCCUCCAAAUCACUGAUUUUUUUGGGGGGUGGGCAAUCCAAACUAUAGAGCUUUUUUUAUUCUGUCCAGUGGAAUUUUUGCUUGUUUGCAAAUGUCUAAAACCGAUUCAUUCUGCACCAGAAUAAAAAUGUGGAGAGGUUUACACACUGAAUUGCAACAUUGCUCCUAGUUAGCUAUAUAGUAAUUGACAGGAAUGUAAUAAUUCAGGGCUAGCAAUAGGCUGGGAAAUCUAUGGUCAGAAAAGCUCUAAUCUUGAUUCAAAUUCUGAUUCAUACUUAUCAAAAGGAUACAAUACUGUGACCUUCAUUAGUCCAUGCCUUCUAAACAUCUCUCCCUGUAAACAUAUAACAUUUAGUGCUACAGAGAAGACCACUCCACAAUGCCUGACAUUUUAAUCUAACAAGCUGUCUUGAAAUUUCAAAUUCAUAAGUAUGUACAUUGGAAAUAACUGUUCAGCUGCCUAUAUAAAAUGAUUGGCUUGAUAAGUUACAAUGAAAUACAUUUACAUUGACAAAAGCAUUUGUUUUAAGAUUUUAUUCUGCAAUAUUUAGAGUAUUGAUUAUUUUGUGGUACUAUCCCAAUCUAGUUGAAAAAGACCUCAAACAAUAUUAGCCACACCUACACCUAUAAUUGUGGUUCAAGUAAAAUUGUAACACAUCCAAAUAAAUUUGUGUCCUCUGGUCAAGAGCUACCUUUGUAACCUUGGGGAUUUUGUCCAUCUUUGCAGAUGUUGCCUUUUAUACACAUGGUAAUUUAGUAGCAACGUUGCAGCAUUUUAAAAUAUUCUAAAGUCUUCAAAAGUAUGCAGUGAAUAUUGUGAUCCAAACUUCUCGCUCCAUUGCUCUCAAGGUUCAAUAUUUGAGUCCUGGGCUGUAAUACGAACACUUUGUGUGCUUGCAGUAGAUCCUAAGUGGAUUAGCUAUUCCCAGUUUUACUUUUCUAAAGUUUUUGUGUUUGACUGAUGUAGUCCCUCUGUUCAAAAUAAAGACCCUGUUUAAAUGCUGAAUCAGGUUCUUAAAGACAUAACUCUGUUGCAACCAGCAAAAAUUGCAAAGUUUACUUCAUUUUUUUACAGGAUAUUGGCUUCUGCCAAAUCUGUAUGGUUUUGGCUGUCAUUUUGGAUUUUUGAAUCACCUUCUGUAAUUGUCAUCAUAAAAUUGUUGCAAAAAAUUGUCUCAUGGAUUAUUUGAGCAUUGUGCAGAACAUGGAGUAUUGUCACUGACUUUUUUUGUGUUGAAAUUAAUAACACCUCCGAUUCCCCUUGUUGCCACUUUGGCACUUUUCUUUAUAUAACUGGUCUUGGCUGCAUUCUCUUUCUGUGGGGUUUACAAGGAAUAAACGUUUUUCUUGCA